AUGAACUUUUUGCAAGAAUUUAAUGCAAACGAGAUUUUUCAUCGAGUCGCUGAUCUUUUGCAGCUUCCAAUCACCCUCGUUGUUGGUGCAUUGAGCGAUGCUAGAGAUGCGUUUCAUAGCCCAAACCAGACUCCAUCAAACACUACCAGCUCACCAGAGAAUGAAGGCUCCGGAGCUGAUCAACCACUUGAACCAACAACAGAGCUUGCUCCUACGACUUCGACCUUUCUUGAAUACAAUCCGAUUAACGUCCGCGUGAAAAUUCCUCUCGCCGCUGACUCCUUGGACUUGCGAGAGAGCGACAUUGAGAAAAGAGUCAGUAAUUAUCUACGGUCUUCUGACUCGCCCUUCGACUUAACGGCGAACGUCGUCCGUGUCACAAAGUAUCGCAACAGACCUUCUGUAGUUCUGAAACUUCAUACAGCAGACGACGAAUGGACACUUCGCCAGAAGAUCAAUUUGACUAGACAGGCGUUACCCAAUCUUUUCUCGGAAAACGAGCCGCAGGAAAGAGCUUUGGAAUAA